GGGGUGUGUGUGCGGGAAAGAAGAGAUUAAAGCAAUAGAAAGGAAGUGGAGACCAGCUAUGUCUGUUCCAAGGACUGCAAAGCUGCGUAACUCCUGCCCUGCCACGUUGCUACGAGAAUGUCACACCCCAUGGCCAUCAUGCACUUUUCCUCUUCUGUUUUUACCAGUCAAUUCCUAGACAUUUAUCUUCUCAGUUUUGUGGCCUAUAUUUCAUAGUCUAGGGUAUUGUAGAAGAAAUUUCUCUGAAGAAAUUUAUGAACACCUGUCAGGUUUAGCUACUGAAACAUUUCUCUUUGGGAGAGGAGCAGUGUACACCUUGCCAAAAUGCCCAAUUCCCUGGAAAAUAGCAUCAUGAGGCAUCAAUAUUCCAAUAAUGCUUUCUGAAACCUUUCUCCUAUUUCUCUUCAGUCAUGUCGAUAAUGUGUCACCUUCUGUAAUUCAUUUCUAUUUUUUUUUUUUAUUUCUCCUUCAUCCUUAUUCCCACUUCCUAUAUGCAAUCACUGUAAUGCACCUUUCAAGGCUGACCUUACAUUUCCAGGAAAAAAAAUUGCAGCUCAGUUGUCAUUAAUUUAUUAUAUUCCUCCCAGCUUCUGCUGCUCAUCAUUAUUGUAGCAAGUGCCUUCUCUGGGUCCUGGCAUUUGUUCAGCACUGCUAAUAGAUAGCUAACUUGGCAACCAAUUAACUCUUCCAUUGCUUAAGAUACCAAUUUUGGCUUGUUUAAACAAAAGGCACAAAACACAGGCUUCAAAAACUCACUCUCAGUGCAGAUGGUUCUUGAAUUUUAUUUUAAUUGUAGCAAACAAUAUGGGAAACCAGCCUUUCUUGUUUACGGACGGUGCCCCAUCUCAAUGGGAUCUCUAUUAAUCAGAGAUUCUAGCCGCCCCACUGCUGUGUGAGUAAUGCUGGCUUUUACCAUCAGCAACUAACUUAAAGAUGACAAUUCCUUUUGGCUAUAGGUUGCUUUGAGGUUUGUAUUUUGAGUGAUCUUUAUUUUUAUAUAGAUAACGUCACUGUUAAUUUCCAAUGAUUUGUGUCAGUGUGGUGCUGUAAUUUAAAGCCACAGAGACUGAAGGUGGUGAAGAAUAAAUGAGGUAUUUUGUUAAAUCAUAUAGUACCCCCCGCUCCAGGUAUGUCUGACAGUCUGUUGGUAUCUCAACAGCAUUGACCAAAUUCAGACUCGAUAAUGUGAAAGAAACCAUGUUUUUUCUCUCAUAAUGUGAUGCCUGUAGCCAAUGGGGACCUUGACUCCAUUCCUUUCCUCAAAAGUGUGGCUGCUGGCGAUGCUUCUUCAUACUGGCCUUUGGAACCCUGGAAUAUUUUUUUUUUCUUUUAAAUGCAGGCUACCAUGAGCUCUUCUGAUCUUCCAUGACCAUAGGAAAGGACAUCUCCCAGGUUAAUGUGAAAGGGGCAAAAGAGUUUUAAAGUCAAUAGCUAGAAGAGCUUUCUUUUUCUGAGAAUUAAAUUGGUAGUCUUACAGUCAACACAGCCAAUGAAAUACUAAACCAAUGAAAUACUGCAUAGUUUUAUUUUCUAAGUACCUACAGUAUAAGUUAGACAUUUUCAGUAUUCUGAGCUGACUGCAACUGAUACAAUUUGUCAGUCUGGAUUCUGGAUCCUUUGAAUGUGGGGCAAUGGCAUUUCUUUUAUAUAUUGUUUAGCUUUUCAUACUAAAAAAUAUGUGGCUGUGCUGUGUGCCUUCCGCAUCAUGCUUGUCUUGCUGUAGCUCUCUGAAACAUUCAUCUUGAGAAUGUCAAUGUGGUGUCAGUUCUGAUUUUUGUUUUUUAUUUUGCUUGCCAGAAAUUUUCAGACAUCAUGGUAUCUGCUAGAAUCACCCAUCACAGUUCUUGUUGUUGCACUUCAGGAAGACAAACAGCUAGUUAUUUAAUAUUUUUGAUAAUGAAGUAUCCAACGACAGACAAGUCAGGGAUGAAGUGGUCAGGUGCCCCAAAUGAUCUUUUAGGGCUGAAAUUACAGCAGUGGGGUUUGGCUUUUUUACUUCAGGAACUUUUGUUCACACACAGAGUACAAGAUGUUAUGAACAUAUGCCAAGAUGCAGGAUUUCACAUUAUACCCUAUUUCUCUUCAUUCCACAAAAUGGAGGGGAAUAAAGUACAUUUAGAAAGAAAAAUCACACCCGUGGCAUGCGGUGGUGAUGAGACAGUUGAUCAUGAGAUGUCACUGACUUCUUUCCAAGGCAGUUUUGUAGUAAACCGGCUUAUUUUUUUUCACCCAUCCUGUUUUCCCCGAUGACAAAGCUCCAUCGCUUUGGUUUGGCGCCGGGCCUUUCCUCCCCAGCUCCCACCCGCAGCAGGCAACUCAAGCCCUCACCCACCCUUUCUUCCCAUAAGACAACACCUGGAGGGGAAAUAAAUACCUUCGGCGCUGACCCUUAAGGUGAAGAGCCUUCGAAAUGCCCAUGUUUGCCGCGACGCAGCACCACCCUCUCGCCGCGCCGGGCGGUUUGGGGUGGAUUGGCGCCCCCUCAGCGCCAGGGCGGGGGCGGGGCGGCCGCCGGGGGCGGGGCCAGCGCUCGGGGCAUGCGGCGUCCGCCUCUGCGCAGCGGCCGCGGCCAUGAGGCUGUGGGCGCGGAGCCGCCGCCCGGCGCCCGGCCCUUUGUUCCUCGGGGUCAGCGGCUGCCCGUCCUCUCCGCCCUCCUCUCUCCCCCGCCGCCCUUGAUGGCAGGGGCGGUUUGAACCCGCCCGAAGGGAGGAGGAGCCGCCGUUCGCCGCCGCUGCCCAGAAUGCGAUGGGGAACUGCUGGGCGCAGUGGUGCUGCGGGCUCUUCUUCCGGAGGGAAGCCGGCCGGCUCCAGCGAGGCGGAGGAUCAAAGUAUUUUAGAACAUGUUCAACAGGAGAACACUUCACUAUAGAGUUUGAGAACCUAGUGGAAAGUGAUGAGGGGGAUAGCCCAGGAAGCAGUCACAGACCUCUGACUGAGGAAGAAAUUGCUGACUUGAAAGACAGACAUUAUGACUCCAUUGCUGAAAAGCAGAGAGCUGUUGAUUUGAAACUUCAGUCAGAGCAACGUAGACAGCAAAGGAUAACACAGAGAGCGCAUGCUGCUAAUAAUGGAGAACAUCAGAGCUCUGUGGCAGAGGAAGAUUUUGAUUCUUUCUUAAGAAAUACAAAAUUCCAUUAUGAAGCUUUCCGAAGUAGUAGACUUUCAUCUGAUGCUACAGUGCUGACGCCCAACACAGAAAGCAGUUGUGACUUAAUGACCAAAACAAAAUCUUUGAGUGGAAAUGAUGACAGCACUUCAUUAGAUUUAGAGUGGGAAGAUGAAGAAGGCAUAAACAGAUUGAUUCCAAUGAGAGAACGCUCCAAAACAGAAGAAGAUAUACUGCGGGCGGCACUGAAAUGUAAUAGCAAGAAGACGGGAAGUAAUCCAGCUUCAGCCUCUGACGAUUCUAAUGGAUUGGAGUGGGAGAAUGACUUUGUUAGUGCUGAAAUGGAUGACAAUGGCAAUUCAGAAUAUGCCGGAUUUGUAAAUCCUGUGCUAGAUUUGUCUGCAUCAGAUGUAAGGAUAUCAGAUUCUGAUCAUCAAGACAGAUAGUGAAACUGUGUGGCCCUUGUUUAUGACCAAAUGUUGGAAAGUGAAAUAGAAUGUACAAAGCCAAUUUGCUCUUUUAUAAUGUUGGUUCCCUUUUUCUUAUUAAUUGAUCAGCAAGGAAUGGGAAUGACUUGCUCUCUGAAUUAAUUCAGAAUUAAGUGCAAUUUUAUUGUCUACCUUCUAAACUUUUAUGAAAACUGGGGUGAUUUUAUUGUGUAUAUUUCUGGGUAUCUGGAUUUAAUAUAAAGUUAUCUGCACUAAUUUAAGCUUCAUAGCUUGACAUGUCUAUAUUUUAAUGAGCUUUUUUUUUUUCCUGGAUGAUGUUUCUACUGGUUUUGUUUUUAAAAUUCAUCACUGGCCUAACGUUUAUCUCAGAAAGUCUUAUACAAUUUAUCUAAUACUUGAAUAUAGGAAAAUAAUUUUAAAAAAACUUCAUUUCUGAUAUGUGCUUUUUGACUCAUUCUGUGGCUAUUUAGAGGGUGUACUUAGCCAGCUGCAAAACAAAUUUCAUACAUGGUAAAUUGCACGUUUUCCCUGUCUAGUUUACAGUCUUCCUAGUUUUGUGUUGUCCUUUUUGUUUUUAUUGCUUUAUGCUAAGCACAGUUAACCUCAACAAACAGUACAAAUCAUCAGGUUAGGUAAGAUGUCUUGUUUAACAUGCCAGACUUAGUAAGUGUGUGCUAUAUAGAAAACCAACUAUAAAGAUUUUUUUAUGUGUCAAACUCUAAUUUUUAACCAGUAUCUAGUGGAGAACUGGGAGGACCAAAGUCUUGAUUUCUCUGCCCCCCCCCCCCCCAGACAGACCAACAUCUGUUACUACACGGUCCUUAAAAUUCUUUAGUUGUGGAAAACUUAAGAUUCAACUUAACUGGAACAAUUACUGAAAAGAACAUUCUCUGAGCAAGCUGGGGAGGGAUGAUUGCUCUGCUGUUGGGGUGGGAAGAACAAGUACCUAAAGACUGAAUUUCUAUAUCUGCAUUUUUAAAAGGAAAAAAAAAAAAGUUCAGGUUACAAAACAGUGUGUUUUAGUGCUCUAGCUUUCCUGUGCCUCUAAACUGGAUGGGUAAUACUGCUAAUACAAACUGAAAUUCAAGGAGGUGUUCAGUUACUACAGAUCUGGUGUAAUGUAUUGUGUGGUCUCCCCCGAUACUUAAUGUAAGUUAUACUUCAAAAAGAAAAAAAAGGGAAAAAAGCUCAUUGAAGAGAAUGUGCAAAACACUUGUAGAUCUCAAGCUUUCCCCAAAGUUUCAGUAAAGCCAUGCUACUCUACUGUUAUUUUGUGUAGCCGUCUUGUUUUUCCUUGAACAAAGGGGCAAGGGCUCUAACUUCAUUGUGGAGUAGAAGCAACAUGCUGUGUUAAGCAGUAAAUAUGCAUCAUUGGAAGACCAGGUCUUCCAAUUUGUCAGUGAAAGCUGUGUCGCUGUUUUAGAUCAUCUGAGCCUAUGUAUAAUAUUAGGGUCACUAGAGUGUGGUCCUUUUCAUGAUAACUUGAACAAAAAUACUGCACACUUGGAUUAAGUAUGUACAAAUAUUAACACUACUGAACAGCUAAAUCUUGUUGAUAACAUUCCAUUUCUUAAUUUAAACCAUAGCUAUGUCAUUGAAAAUAUUUUAAUGUAAUUAUCUACAUUUGCAAUGCCUGUAAUCUUUAAAAAUUUGUACACAUCAAAUGUAUAUUUUUGGUUUGGCAUAAGCUACUACUGUGUAACUUCUCCUGAACAUUUAUUUGUAUAAUAUAUUCCUAUGGAAACAAAGGCAACUUUCUCAACAUGUAAAUAACAAGUUUUUUACCUGCUGAAACCAUAACUUUACCCUGCAGUAGUCACUACUUUUCCUGACGAGUGAACAUGACGUUUAUUUGUCCUGACCAUGCUUGGAGGAAGUAAACUAGCUGAUAUUCCUGCUUGUAGAAUGGACAAGCACUUGGGAAAAAGGAAGCUAGCUCCAGCUGAAGGCUUUUACCGUGAUGAGCAUGUUCUGUAGCCAUGGUUAAUAGCAUUCCGCUUUUCAAGAGUUCAGUGCACCACCACACUGAGCGACUUGAGAAAUUUUGGUCAAUAUUUGUGGAAAUCUAAGAAACUGAAAGAUUAUACACAUGUGAAAGAAUUCAACAGUACUGGAAAAUACGUAUCUGUAUAAAUUUAGAAGUCAUUAAAAUUUUCAGUCAGUCUUAA